GGCACAUCCCAUCGCUAACAGCCGAGUAACUUCAGCCAUCCACUGUGUUCGCCAGCUGACAGUGGAUUCAGAGACGCUUCCAGCUUGUGAAGCUGUGUUGACUAAACGCCGAUACAGGACGUAUCUGAAAGAGCACUGACGGACCUGAGUCUGGGGGCGUUUCUUUGAAUGCAGAAUGUGGGGUAUUUGCAGCAGAACUAUGGUGAAGGUGGGGAUGGCGAAACCCUGUGGCUUGAUGAAACCCUGUCACUUGGUGAAGCCUGUAUCAGCGACUCGGGUCACUGGCAGAUACUUGACCCAUCAGAAGGGGCUGCCCAAUCUGCCUGUCCCCCCUCUGCAGCAGACCUGUGAGCGCUACAUCGCCGCUCUGGAGCCCAUCCUGGAGGUGGACGAGAUGAAGCACACUAACGAGCUGGUGGAUGAGUUUCAGAAAGCAGGAGGGGUUGGAGAGAGACUGCAGAGAGGUCUGGAAAAGAGGGCACGCAACACUGAGAACUGGUUGUCAGAGUGGUGGGUGAAGGUUGCUUAUCUUGAAUACCGAAUGCCUGUGGUGGUUCAUUCAAGUCCUGGGUUGGUGUUGCCCCGCAUGAACUUCAGGGAUAAGCAGGGACAAAUUAGGUUUGCUGCCAAGCUUAUAGCAGGUGUGCUGGACUUUAAGACAAUGAUUGACAAUGAGACACUACCCAUUGAAUAUCUGGCAGGGAAGCCCCUGUGUAUGAAUCAGUACUAUGAAGUACUGUCGUCCUGUCGGAUCCCUGGUCUGAAGAGAGACUCAGUGGUGAACCACGCCAAGAGCUCCAGGCCUCCCAGACACAUCACUGUAGUACACAACUUUCAGUUCUUUGUGUUGGACGUGUACAACAGUGAUGGAACUCCACUGACAGCCGAUCAGCUCUGCGUCCAGCUGGAGAGGAUUUGCAGCUCGUCACUUCAGACCAACACAGAGCCUGUCGGCAUCCUCACUACCCAGCAUCGCGACUCCUGGGGCAAGGCUUACGUCAACCUCAUCAAGGAUAAGACCAACCAAGAAUCAGUGUCAGCUAUCCAAAGGAGCAUAUUCACACUGUGUUUGGAUGGAGCGAUGCCUCGAGUGUCCGAUGAGACGUACCGCAGCACUGCUGCCAUCCAGAUGCUGCAUGGAGGAGGCAGCCAGUGGAACAGUGGCAACCGCUGGUUUGACAAGACACUGCAGUUUAUUAUUGGAGAGGAUGGGACGUGUGGCGCAAACUACGAACAUGCUCCAGCUGAGGGCCCACCCAUAGUUGCCUUGAUCGACCAUGUUGUAGAAUACACGAGGAAGCCAGAGACGAUUCGGUCUCCCAUGGUGCCUUUGCCCAUGCCCCGGAAACUACACUUCAACAUCACACCUGAGGUCAGGAAGGACAUUGAGGAAGCCAAGAACAGCAUGAACAUCCUGGCUCAAGACCUGGAUAUGAGGGUCAUGGUAUUUGGCCAUUUUGGGAAAAAUGUUCCAAAGGCCCACAAGAUGAGCCCUGAUGCCUUCAUACAGAUAGCGCUACAGCUGGCUUACUACAGGAUGUACCGGCGCUGCUGUGCCACAUAUGAAAGUGCCUCCCUGCGUAUGUUCAGAUUGGGCCGUACAGACACAAUCCGAUCAGCUUCAAGUGCCUCAGCUGCCUUUGUCAAGGCCUUUGAUGACCCCAGCAAACAGAACACAGAGAAGGUUGCUCUAAUGGUGAAAGCAAUAAAAGCACACAGGUCAUAUACCAACAUGGCAAUCAGUGGCCAGGCCAUUGACAGACACCUCCUGGGCCUUAAGAUGAUAGCUGCUGAGGAAAAACUCACCAUGCCAGAUAUCUUCACAGACACUGCCUACGGCAAAGCCUUACACUACCAGCUAUCUACAAGUCAGGUACCAUCCAAGACUGACUGCGUCAUGUGUUUCGGCCCUGUUGUGUCCAACGGAUACGGUGUGUGCUACAAUCCUAUGGACGAUCACAUGAAUUUUGCAGUGUCGUCUUUCAACACCUGUGAAGAAACGAAUGCAGCACAUCUGGCUCAGGCCAUGGAGGAUGCACUGUUAGACAUGAGGACACUGCUGGAACGAACCCCAGCAGCCAAACUGUGAUGAAGUGGAUGCUGCAGGGCUAGUGUCAAUGAUGACUCUAAUGAGUCCCACUUUAUAGUAAUACCACUCUUACAGUGAUUGAGUGACAUUUGGAUAAUUGGACCCACACCUGGUGUAAGUCUACCAACCUCCUGUUGGUGGCGUUGGUAGUGUGGACCAGUGUUCUGUUUUUCCUGUUGUUGAGCACCAUCAUGCACUUAAAAUGAUGCUGUGUAAUGACUGAGCGGUGCUGUUCCUCUGGUGGUACAAUGCACAAGUACAUUAAAUCUAAAUAAUUCUG